AUGAGUGGGCCUGCUGGGGAUCAUGUGGAUGACCCAUCUCCGGGUGAUUCGCAGGAUGUUAUUGGUGGUGAGAGAUUGGAUUCGAUUGAGACACAGUUGUCCCAGCUCACAAGCAUAGUCAAGUCGCUUGUUGGGCAACGAGGUGAUCAGGUGGAGUCCUCUGUUGUGCUGUUGCGCCGGGAAGCGGCGGAACAGAGUACGGGGCUGGUGCGCAUCAAUCGGAUGCAACCAGUGGGACUGCGGGAGGUACGGGGGGCGAUGCCCCAGUCCUUGGCAUGUCCAGUGAUGGGGUUGGGAGUGGUAGUCCUGCAGGCGCAGGCUCAGGCUUGAACCCUAGUGCAACUGAUGUCAAUCGGGUUGGGAGUAGUGACUCAGGCUCGUACCCUGAUGCAUGUACAGUACAUCGUUCCUCUGUUGGUGCCGUAAACUUUGGUUCGAUCGGAAUUGGUAGUGAGGCACCAGGUAGCCAGUCUUUCAUUCCGCCCCCGUCUACUCCAUCGAGUGAGUGGCGGGGACAUGCCGCCAGUGGAAACACACUGAUCCCUGAGGCCGGCAUUUCAGCCACAGGAGAGAAGUUGGGUAGGAGUCCUUUUAAAGUUCCCAAAGCUCCUGUUUUCGACGGGACUGAUGUCUCGUAUCCGUUGUGGUCGCAGAACUUUUUGCUGAGUGUACGUCACAACAAUCUGUCUGAACCGUUUGUGUCAAUGCAUGACAUUCCGAUUGCAGACAUUGGAUUCAUUUGACCCCCUUGGUAGACAAAGGAUACAGCGUAGGCGUGCUGCGCCAGGCAGAGAUGGCAUGGUGGUUUCUGUUUGACUGCCUGAAGAAAGACUCCCUCAAAACCAUGGCUAGGCAUGCUCGAUCCCCCAGCAAGGCAUUUCGAGUGUUGGAUGAUCGCUUUCUUCCUUUGAGUCAGAGUCAGAUCCGUGUACAAGAAGAUAAACUCAAGUCGCUGCGUAUGCGUCCGAAUGAGAACCCCUCAACCUUCUUCGCGUCUACAAGAGAGCCUCUUGGUGUUAAGCAGAUGCUAGCAGUUAAGAAGGAUGACAGGGAGGUGUGCACCCUGAUGCUCGAGGGACUAUCCCAAGAGUGUAAGACUUUGCGUGAGACUCUGGUAGUGUGUUGCCCAAACGACUGUGUUCAUCGAGACGAAGUACGCGAGAGAUACGUUGACUUGCAGAUACAAGUGAAUGUGAAGAAGCACAGUGUUGCUCUUGUGUCUAGGGGAGAAAAUAAGAAUAGCAAGAAAUCAAACCACUCCAAGUCGAAAACUUACUCUGGAUCUGAUUCGUCCAAGAAGAAGUUCCAGGGGACGUGUUUCAAGUGUAGGGAGAAGGGCCACAUGAGAUCGGACUGCCUGGCUCGCGUGAUCCCUCAUCCUUCCCAGACUGGGAAAUCCAAGGACGAUGAGGAUGGGAGCGGUGAGAAUUCUAACUUUAUGUUGCGAAGUCAUGAAAGUUUUCGCAUGCUACGAAAUUAUAAAAGGUUUCGACAAUCGAAGUCUAGCUUCGUGAUCCUAUCUCAUGACAAUCUGCCAAAAUCGUAUGGUGCGCGUAUGGAGGCAUUUUACAACGAAGUGAUGAGAGAGAACUCGCGUAGAGAUGGUGCUUUUCGCAAAUAUUCUUCUAUUGCUAGGAAGGACAGUCGCAUCAGAGAUUGGUAUGCGGAUACGGGUACAGCUUUCCACAUGACAGACCGUCUCUCUUGCAUGA